GAGGAGAUACUGCAACUAACAGUUUCCAGUAAACAUUGGAGAUGUAAUCCAGAGUUUAACUUGCUUCUGACAGAGCUAGUGCAGGAUUUUAGUGAAAAUGUAACCUCAAAAAAUGUGAAUCAUCAAAUGUGUGAAGUCAUUAAUCGUUUUUAAUCUACUAACAAGGGUUCAUCUAUUGAAACAAUCUCAAAUAGUUGAUUAUGAAUAAUUAGAAUUGAAUAAACUUGGUUGAUAUAAACUGGAAAUUAAGAUUUAAAAUCAAUAAUGAAACAAUCUCAAAUAGUUGAUUAUGAAUAAUUAGAAUUGAAUAAACUUGGUUGAUAUAAACUGGAAAUUAAGAUUUAAAAUCAAUAAUGAAUCGUAGUGUAAUAUAUCCAGCCGAGGUUAAUUUCAACAAUUGUCUACAUUUCAGUUCGCAAAAUUUAUUCGUCUACUUGUUCUCGACAUCUUUGAUUUUUCUCUCUCUAACAGUGAUUGUUUAUCUCUUUCUGCCCGCACUGCGUACUCUGGGUGGUAAAAUUGUGAUCGGCGAACUGGUUUCAAUUAUUUUAUCGUUCUUAUUUCUGGUUUUGAUACUUAUCUACAAGGAUGAAUUCUCCUUUGAUGUUUGUCUACUUAUGGAAUAAUUAAAUUAAUUGAUAGAGACUGCAUUAUCCUCACAUUUUAACUAAUUGAUCUGAAAAUAUACAUAUUAUUUUGAUGGCACCAGGAACUGAAUCCCAUUUAUUUCUCUCGUAACGUACACUGAUAUGAGCUGGACUAUUUGAAAAAUAAUACAUGAAAAAUGAAAAGAAAGUACGGGUACAUGACUCACUAUGCACUGUUAUGUCACUUUUUCUGGCUCAACGUUAUGUCUUUCGAUAUUUGGCUCACGUUCAGGACCAACGCGGAAAUUAAUUGGAUGAGAAGCGAGCGACGAAUUCUAGCGAAAAAAGAGUCAAAACGGUUGAAAUAUUACAUUCUCUAUGCGUGCGGAGUUCCGUUGCUUAUUGUGCUAAUCACUUAUUUGGCACAAAAAUUAUUACCCAGAGAAAAUGCCAUCAACCCGAGAGUCGGGCACAUCAAAUGUUUCAUUGAACAGUCUACAUCGAAAAAUAUCUUCUACUUUUAUCCACUGACAGUGUUGGCUGUUCUCAACAUAAUACUAUACUCAUGUACGGCACAGAAAAUAUUCGCGGAAACUAAGAAGACAAAACAGUUGCAUGGACGACGCAAAAAUAGCAGAGCUUCAGCGCGGUUUAUGCUGGAGAAACGGAGGUUCACGAUCUACCUGAAACUGUUCAUCGCAAUGGGCGUGUCCUGGAUAGCCGAGCCUCUUUCGGGCAUCUUCGGCCAUUUCCAGUGCGGCUGGCUGCUGCUAGACCUGUGCAACGCCUCUCUCGGUCUGCCCGUCUUCGUCCUGUUCAUCUGCAAACGUCGCACUCUCUCUCUCAUCUCACAGCGGCUCUGUCCAAAGAGGGCGUGGUUUGCAACCAGCACCGGCUUCUCCUAUUCGUCGUCUUCGUCGUCCAAUCACAACACGAGUAUGGUGUCGAGGCUACCGUCAGCCAGUACUGCUGCACUAGUGGCCAAAAAACAUGAAAAUACACGUCUGUAGUUUUUGGAAAAUAGUUUAUGUUUUUCAAUUGCCAAGUUCCUGCUGUUAACUUGUGAAUAUUAAUUAUUUUACACAUGUGAUUAUCAUUAUUAUAUUUUUAUUCAUAAUCAU